CAGCAGAACGGCUCCUUUAUCAAAUCAACGUGGGGAAACAAGUUCACGCCACACCAGGAACGAUGCUGACAAACAACAAUGAACUGAGGAUCGUGAUGGUGGGAAAGACCGGGAUUGGGAAGAGCGCCACCGGAAACACYAUUCUGGGCCGAGAUUGCUUCCAGUCCAGGUGCAGUCCCAAGUCCUUAACGGAGGAGUGUGACAAAGGCCGGACUAAGGUGGAGGGACAGAAGGUGGCCGUCAUCGAUACUCCAGGUCUGCUGGACACCAGGUUUGAUGAGAAGAAAACAACCAAAGAUCUGAGUCAGUGCAUCAAUUUUGCUUCUCCUGGACCCCACGCCUUCCUGGUGGUCAUCUCACUGACCAGAUUCACCGAGGAGGAGAAGCAGACGGUGAAAAAAAUCCAACAAUUCUUUGGACAGGCUGCAGACAAAUACAGCAUGGUCCUCUUUACUCAUGGAGACAACCUGGUAGGAACAACCAUAGAGGAGUAUUUGUCUGAGAGUCCAGAGCUGCAGGAGCUGGUGGACAGGUGUAACGGUCAGUACCACGUCUUCAACAACAGGCUGGAGGACAAGAAGCCUCAGGUCCUCCAGCUCCUGCAGAAGAUCAGAGACAUCGUUGAGAAGAACGGAGGAAGCCACUACACCCACAAGAUGUUCCAGGAGGCUGAGAAGGCGAUCGAAGAGGAGAAACAACGAAUCCUGAAGGAGCAGGAGGAGAAAAUCCGCAAAGAGAAAGAAAAAGCAGAGCGCGAGGUGAGGGAAAGAUACGAAAAGGAAAUGCAGAAAAUGAACGAGAUGAUCCAGGCUGACAGAGAGAGAGAGAGG